CUCUCUUCAUCACCACAUACAUUUUCUAUUUUCUCUACUCAUUUAGUCAAAAAAAGGAAGAAGAUAUGGCUUCUAAAGCAUUGAUGAGCUGCGGAAUAGCAGCUGUUUGCCCCUCUGUCCUCUCUUCUUCCAAGUCUAAAUUCGCUGCCGCCGUGCCGUUUUCUGCCGGAGCCACCAAUGCUACAUCUAGGUUCACCAUGUCCGCCGAGUGGAUGCCCGGCCAACCCCGCCCUUCCUACCUCGACGGUUCAGCCCCCGGAGACUUUGGAUUUGAUCCACUUGGUCUAGGAGAAGUACCAUCAAACUUGGAGAGAUACAAAGAAUCUGAACUCAUUCACUGCAGAUGGGCUAUGCUUGCUGUUCCAGGAAUCCUAGUUCCAGAGGCAUUGGGCUUAGGCAAUUGGGUCAAGGCCCAAGAAUGGGCUGCCAUUCCAGGAGGACAAGCUACAUAUUUGGGCCAGCCCGUUCCAUGGGGCACUCUUCCUACAAUUUUAGCCAUUGAAUUCUUAGCCAUUGCUUUUGUAGAGCACCAAAGAAGUAUGGAAAAGGACCCUGAGAAGAAGAAAUACCCUGGUGGGGCUUUUGACCCAUUGGGCUACUCUAAAGACCCUAAAAAGUUUGAGGAACUCAAAGUCAAGGAAAUCAAAAAUGGUCGGCUUGCGUUGUUAGCAUUCGUGGGAUUUUGUGUACAACAAUCAGCAUACCCAGGAACAGGACCAUUGGAAAAUUUGGCAACUCACUUAGCCGAUCCAUGGCACAACAACAUUGGGGAUGUUAUUAUCCCUAGAGGCAUUUUACCUUGAACUGUGAUAUACCCUAAUUUCCCCCUUGUAAAAUUAAACUCUCCCAUGUGACAGAUUUGUAAUCAAAUGGAACUUUUUUGUGCAUCCUUGAUUUAUCUAGUGGUUUAAUUUCUAUGAUA